GUCCAACGCAAGUGCAAUGGCACCACGAGAGUCGCCACGCAGCAAGGCCAGGCGACCGGCCUCGGACGGACUCUUGCAACCAGGUCUCAUCGAGAUCAUCGCUCGGUUGCUGCCAGCGCCGCAGUACAUUGCCACCUUCCUCGAUGCGAUGCCAGCGAAUCUCUGGACGCCGGCGCUGCGAGCCUUUAUGACGCUCUAUCGCGACUCGCGCAUGGACAUUCGACUUGAUCGCUGGCCCACCAUUUACCUCCAUGAGGCGAACCACUCGCCCGAAGUGAUCACGCUUCUGCAAGCGACGCUGCCUCUGGGCCGGCGUAUCGAUGCGACGUUUCGAAGCAUGGGCCACUUGCGGCAUCUUGUGCCGCCCUUGGGGCCAGCGCUCAAAUACAUGCAACUCGAGAUCAAAUCGGCAACGUGGCUGCCGCUGGACACCGAGGCCUUGAGUAUGCUUCUGCGCCAAUGCACAUCACUGUGCGGACUGGACACAACGUUAUACUUGCCCGGUGCCGAUACACCAGUGAUGGACGCCUUGCUACAAGCACUACUCUGCUCGACGGCGCCCGCUCUGACUAUAAGCCAUAGCCACGACCAAGCCAUUUCUCGGGCAGGCCAUCACCUCGCUACGUGGCUCCUUGCGUCUCCACGCACGAGUCUCAUUUUCCAUGGGAUUUGUUCGAUGGAUGAAUCUGGCGUCCUCGCUUUCUGCGACGCCCUCCAAGAGAGCUCUACUCUUGAGCAGCUCCGGCUCAGCAGUGUCGAAGUCGGUGGUUUUCACGGCCGUCAACUCCCGGCCAGCCUUUCUAAAUUGGAAUGGGCCCCCGACAACGCGGACGAGCUGCUUCCGGACGAUGCGAUUUGGGCCGACCUCCGCCACGCACUUCGCCGCACGCGGCUCGAGUACCUCUGCUGCGACUACUUUGGCGAAAUUGCAUCAGAGCCAUCGACGGGCCCCGAUCUCUCGCAGCUCAAAAAGCUCGAUGUACUGCGGACGCGUACCGGUGCCGACCACGUGCGCAUGCUGGCCGCCGGUCUCUCGCAGCUCUCGUCGUUGACCGAGCUCUACCUACCUCAUAUUGCCGUGGACGCCGAAGCGAUGCGAUUGAUCAUGGAAGCAUUGGGGACAAGUUGUCCUCACCUCAAAUUGCUCGAACUCACCGACCAUGCGCUCGAUUGGCGUAGCGUGAGGGAGGUGCUUGCAGCGGCGCCGCGACUGCCCAAGCUUACGUGCAUUUUUGCGCCAAGUAUCACCGAGUGUGAAAUCAAUCGUUGCCUCGACGAGCUCGUUGCGGCGGGUCGACACGUGGAAGAGAUCAGUCUGCCAAGUUACGAAAGCGGCGAAGAAAAUUGGGCUCUACUGGAGGCGCUGGCCGCGAUACCCGACGUGCCGUUCGUUCUCGCGAGCUUUUAUUUGCGAGAUGCCGGUCCGUAUAUCCAAGCCAUACUCGGUCAAGAAGCGCCGGGCGCGAGUGAGCGGUGUCGCUUGUGCUUACAUUACCGGUAAGCGCAAAGGCAUGUACGUAAGGGAAGCAGAAAUACUAUUCCUACGGUCGUUUGUUUUAGCGAAUACUUCAACGAGAAAGUCCACGCCAUGCAACCACGACCUACGA